CAGUUCCCGGCGGCCCGCGGCGGAGCCGGAGGUGGCUGCGGCGCCUCGCUCCGCCCGCGCCCCCUCAGCGCCCCCGAGUGUCCCCGCGUGUCCCCGCAGCGUCCCCGCAGCCCCUGCCAUCCCCCCAUGGAGCUGCUGUGCGUGGAAUCCGCGGCCCGCACCCCCCGCGCCGGGCGGGACCCGCAUCUGCUGGGGGACCGGCGGGUGCUGCAGAACCUGCUGAGCCUGGAGGAGCGCUACAGCCCCCGCGUGUCCUACUUCCAGUGCGUGCAGCGCGACGUGCAGCCCUACAUGCGGAAGAUGUUGGCCUUCUGGAUGCUGGAGGUGUGCGAGGAGCAGAAGUGUGAGGAGGAGGUGUUCCCGCUGGCCAUGAACUACGUGGAUCGCUACCUGGCCUCGGUGGCCGUGCAGAAGAACCACCUGCAGCUGCUGGGGGCUGUGUGCAUGCUGCUGGCCUCCAAGCUGAGGGAAACCAUGCCCCUGACCGUGGAGAAGCUCUGCAUCUACACCGACAACUCCAUCACCCCCCAGGAGCUGCUGCACUGGGAGCUGCUGGUGCUGGAGAAGCUCAAGUGGGACCUGGUGUCGGUGAUCGCCAACGAUUUCCUGCCGCACAUCCUGCACCGGCUGCCGCUGCCCCGGGACAAGGUGGAGCUGGUGCAGAAACACGCGCAGACCUUCAUCGCGCUCUGUGCCACAGACUGCACGUUCGUGAUGUACCCCCCGUCCAUGAUCGCCACCGGCAGCAUCGGCGCCGCCAUCCACGGGCUGGGCCUGGCCGGGAGUGGCCUGGGCGGCGAGGCCGUCACCGAGCUGCUGGCAGGGACCACGGGCACCGAGGUGGACUGCCUGAAGGCCUGUCAGGAGCAGAUUGAGGCGGCCUUAGCCGAGAGCCUGAAGCAGGCAUCCCAAUCCCAGCAGGAAUUCAGCGCCAAGGCGGCGCCCUACGGGGGCAGCCAACCCACCAGCACCCCCACGGACGUCACCGACAUCAACCUGUGACCAACUGCCCUUGCCCAGAGCUCCAGCCCCUCCCUGGACACCCCCAGCUCGCUGCACCCCCCCUGCCCCCCCAGCACCUCCGAGGGGUCCCUCCCAGGCCGGGAACGUGGAGCGGGAUCCGCGCUCGGAGCUGCUGCAGGUGGCCAGGGGGGUGAGCCAGGUGGUGCCAGGGCACGGGGAGCAGGAGCCUGGAUGAAGUUGGAAUUGUUUCUGUGUUGGUGUUUCCUGGCUCUUCUGGGCCACUUCCAGCCCCGUGAGGGACAAAAUUCACGGAGAGCCAGCCCUGCAGGACCCGAAUCCUCGCCACCCCCAGCUUCUUCCUGCGGGGCCACGGGGCUCGUGGAGCAGCUGCUUGGUGGCCCCUGGGUCCUGAUUGCUUCGUGCCACAUUCCCACAGCUCCGGGGGGAGUCGUGCAGCUGCUUCUGCUUGGAGAGGACCCGUGGGGCUCGUUUGUUUUUGCUGUUGGAUGUGGGACUUUGGGGACGCGCUCCCCGUCCGUGCCUUGGGAGGAGUUCAGGGUCCCCUCGGCUGCUUAAUUUAUUGUUCACUGCUGGGAAAGGGGAGGGAGGAGAGCUGGCAUUCCUCGGGGUGGGGCCUGGGUGCCGCUUUCCUCUCCUUCCCAAAAAAGUGCCUUCCCCCUUCGCCCCUUCCCCGGCUCCCUGGGCAGUGGGAGACUCCCCUCGGAGGCUGCUGGGCCCUUUGGUAGCUUAGGCAUCAGACUAGGAUUUAAGGAAAACCUUUGAAUGUGCUGCUAUAGUCUGGGAUGCAUCUCCACUCUUCCAAGGCAGGGAUUUCGGAUCACGCUCAGGAGGGGGCUGUGUUCACCCACGUGGAUCUGAGCUGCCUCCUGAGAGGGUGGAAAACUUUGCUGCGCACUCGAGUUGGAAAAGCAAUUACUGCAUUUUUGUAUCGUUGUUGUUGAUCCUGUUAGUUUUUUAUAAAAAUUGUUGUAAAACAGAAGAAAAAAAAAAAAAAGGAAAAAAAAAAUAAUGCUGCUUUUCUAUGAGAAAACCAGAUGGAAUUAACCAGGAGAAGGCAGAGAGUACACAGGGAGGGGAGGCAGACGCUGCUGCUGCUGCUGCCUGGGGCCCUCUGGACAUGUGGCUGUUGUCCUCCCGUGGGGGAUGUGGAAAAGGAGGUAGAAAUCUUCCUUUUGGAUGCCACCAGCCCCACAAAAAUCCGGCGGAAAAAGGUGGGGCUGCUGCUCCUCCCUGAGCCUGCCUGGUCCGGAAACCCACGGAGCCGCUGCCUCCUGCGAGCAGGAGGGCUGGGACAGAGCCUGCCUGUGCAAAAGGAAGUGUGUUUGGUUGUUUUGUUUUCUUUUUUUUUACAUAUAUAUAAAUAUAUAUAUAAAAAAGUGAAUUUUUAAUUUAA